GACAUGCAAUUUUUGCACGAUGAUGAAGGGAACACUGUCAUGUUCCGAAUAAACAGCUAGCUGAAGAAUGCAUAGGUUGACAAGUACCGGUACAUUCAUGAUGACAUGGAGCCCAUCACAACACCCGUUACUUCUCUGGGUCAUUUUGGCAUGUUUGGUGGUGGGAUUGAUCACCACAAAUCUGACAUCAAGUACACGUAACAUUCCUGCAACAGCAUGCCCACAUGCCUUUGCCAACGAUACUCUGGAUGCUUUCGGCCUGUUCAACAACAGUGCCUAUGUGCAGCUUGGACUAACACACCGAAUCCCAUGUCUGGCUUACUCUUAUCGGGAAAAUGACACAUCUCCGAUGGUCAUCUGGUACAAAUUGAACAAAAGUCCCGACAGCGGAGACAUAGAAACACAAUGGCUGAUAACCUACAAUGAAGGGGAAUAUACAGACAGCGACAGAUAUUCCCUCACUUCUACGUCUGAUUUCGGCCUCCACAUUAAAGGUGUUGAAGAGAGUGAUGGUGGCAAAUACCGUUGUGAAGUCAAAUGGUUCGGCACGAGGUACACAGAUUGGAAAAAGACAAUUAUCGACAUUGAAGUCAUUGGAUACACUUUUCCACAUGGAAGUGAGGCAGUCAGUGAAGGAUCGCCCCCUUCUAGUCUGGAGCAGGGGCGGAGACACACUCUACAGUGUGAGUGCGCAUCACAGACACCAGAUGCACCAGCCUCAGUAGUGUAUUGGUCGACAGGAGAAGACAUCCCUACAGAUACGCAGAUCAUAGGUGCUCGUUUCUCUAAUGGUACUACCCUGCAGAUCCAACAUGGCGCCGAUUACAGCAUUGGUAGCGACGCUUCACUUACAAUCAACUCCCUGAAUGACGUACCAGAUACACAGAGAUUCUGGUGUCACGUGUUUAUGACAGAUGGUGCUCCCCAUAGUUGUUCCACUGGCGUUUUCAUCUUACAAGAUGGAAAUCCCAACAUAGUCCUGAAGGCAUCGCCAACAGAGUUCUAUCUUCCAGAAGGAUUUCCGCAAGUUCUGCCUUGUAGAAGCUGGACGCCUGGUGACGUGAUGUGUGGCGUCCAAUGGAUUCAUGAGCAUGAUGAGUCUAGUCAACGGGUCGUCCUCAGUUACAAUUUGUCUACUGACACCGUCGAGGCUGAUCCUGAUUACGAUCUUGCCAUAGACUUUGGUCUACGCAUCAAAUCUGUCAAUCACACCCAUGGUGGACGGUACACGUGCUGCAUUCUAUACGGUCUUCGAAAGGCGCCCUUGAGAGGAGCUAUUGACACACAUGUGAUUGGACACACCUUCCCACCUGGAAGUGGGGUAAUCAGUGAGGCAUCUACCCCUACUAGUAUUGAGCGGGGACGUAGACAUAUGCUACCGUGUGGGUGCGCAUCACAGACGAACGAUGCACCACCUGCAGUGUAUUGGUCCAUGGGAGAAGGCAAUACUACAGACACACAGAUCAUUGGUGCGCGUUUCUCUGAUGGUACUACUCUGCCGAUCCAACAUGGCACCAAUUACAGCAUUGGUAGCAACGCAUCACUUACAAUCAACUCCUUGAAUGACGUACAAGAUACACAGAGAUUCUGGUGCCACGUGUUCCAGUCAAACGGCACACUCCAUAGUUGUUCCACUGACGUUCAGAUCUUACAUGAUAAGGAACUCAAUCCAGACCCCUCUGGAACACUUGUCUACAUCUUUAUUCUAAUUGGAUUAUUUGUACUGGUACUGGUACUGGUAGUAGCAGUAAUAAUUUUGGUUCAUCGGUGGUGCAAAGGAAAACGGCCCUUCAAAAAGAGCUCCAACUUGGACACAAAAUACACGCAUGUCCCAAUACUUGAAGAAUCAACUUUUUCAACUGGUUUAGAGGAGGGAGCAAGAAAUGAAGCAAGACAUGAUGAAAUCCAAGAUUUAAACGAAGAGCCCCUCAUUGAACCUGUGGAUGUUGAGGAAGGACAUACCUUGCCUCAAGACAUUGGUGCUCUUCCAGGCUUCGAGAAUAUUGUCAUGAAGUUGCUUGAGAAAGAUAACUUUAUAGGUAUCUCUAGUAACCAGAUCAGUACUAACUUGUUUAAGCAUAUCAAGGCGCUUACAAAAUUGGAAAAAAAGUUUGGGGCUGACUUAGGCAAAGCAGGUCUAUUUGGAAUGAUUAACGGUUGUGAAAAACUCGUAGAGGUGUCUUGUGAUAAGGGAAAUUUGACCCGUGGAAUUGAAAUGGGCCUUCUCUGUGAUGACAAUUCUACAUGUACAGAUAAGGUAACCUUUACCAACAAAAUAUUUCAGGAGUUUUGUGCUGGUAUGCAAUUGGCUCUAAAUGCUGAAGGAUACCAGUAUAUGCAGAAAAUCAAUGUGGACAACUGGGAAAAGCUGGCUAAUGUGUUGGUCUUUGCUACCAACUAUUUUUCAAAUGACGACAAUGAUGGGGUUUCAUUUAUAUGUCAUAUCCUGAGUCGUUUGACAGCUAUCAUCAAACAGACAAUUACAGAUAAUAGAGGUGGUCAGAAGGCUCAGAUUCAGGCGCAGAGGUUGGCCGAGUUGUGUCUCAAAGUGGUUUUUAAUCGCAAAUGGAAUAAGCAGUUAGACAAAAAAAUACAUUUGCUCUUUCAUGAAGGACAGCUGUGUUUUUUGGGGAUAUCUAGUCACAGCCUCAGACUGUUGACAGACUUACUAGAACACACAUCAAAUAACGCAUACAAACAAAAUCUGAGGUCAGUGAAGUUGUUUUGUAUUGAUGAGAAACUGAGCUGUGCUGAGUUCACACAAUAUAAUGUAGAGUACUUUGUACAUCCUGAGCCCCUUCACAACAGAGGGAUUGAGGAGGGGGCUACAGAAGAAGCUGCCAUUGUGCACCAGCAGAAAGAGUCACAAGAGAGUCCAAAAGACAGAAAUGUGCUCCAUGCCUUGCAGUCAUUGGGUUUACAGGACCUCAUAGACACACAGUCUGGCGAUGAGUGCCACUCGUCAGAUGUUGCAGACGAGUUUGCCUUCCACCUUCCUAAACAGAAAAAUCUUGAAAAGAUUGUUCUCUUGGGACCAAUUCUUGGUUCCCAACAACUGUCUGUCCUUAUCUCUAACCUUGACAGGCUCAAACACUUGCAGCAGUUGGACCUUCGGCUUAAUACCCAAACUGAUGACAGCGCAUUCAAGAAGAUAAUGACAUGGCUUUCUGGUUGCAAAGAGCUGAUCGACCUAAGGCUGUCUCUUUAUAAAGUGACUUCUGAGGGGUUUAAAAAGGUGACGGAUGAGAUGGAAAAGGAUGCCACCGUGCUGAGGAGAUUGCAAACGCUGUAUCUAUUGCAUGGCCGUCUUAGUCAGUCUUUCGGCAAGUUCCUUACAGACACCAUUAAAUACACGGACAAUCUUCAGUGUUUUCAUACAUCUGCCUUGGAUGAAUCUGGACAAGAACCAGGCAUAAUAGACAGCAUUGUUGAAGAAAUCCGAGGUGGAAAGCCAAAACUUAAAGAGCUUGUUGUGGACAACAAACAUGUUUGAGGGCACAACUUGGUGAGCAUCGGUUGUCAGAAGGGGCUACCACAUCUACCACAUCGAGCAAAAACUCUCAUGUUGUAGAAAUGGAAAUACAGGAGUUGUACCGUAGCUAAUUACUUGGGUUUCAUAGUGUGACAGUGUUAUCGGUCAUGUUUGCUUUGGACGCUUCAGGUACCGGUAGCCAUUAAUCCUCUGUCACCUGGCCAACCACUUCUUGAAGCAGUAUUUAUGUCAAACUGUAAACACCGAGAGGUACAGAAUGUAAUACCUACAUGUACAUAUGUAGCAAAAGCCGAGAGCCACAAACAACUGCCUGUACGUUGGUGAAGGUCCUAUUUGUAUUCCUGGUAUUGUUAAUUUGAUUACACGUAGGUCGUGUGUCAAGGAGAGAAGGUGUGUUUUAUUUGCCUUUUGGUAAUUCCUCAUUAUUUGCAACUUGGAUACUAAUGGUGUCUCCUGAUUAUACACUACCGUAGUUGUGAACCAUAUUGUCUUCAAUCAUUCUUAUUUCAAUGUGAUUACGGACUCUGUGCAUCAACAGGUGUUGUGUUUCCAUUCGUGAGAGCUCCAUUCGCAGGACACAUUGCUUGCACGUUCUGGUUCUCGCAUAUAGGCCUACAAUGUAUGUUGCGUAUGGUGUGACGUACAUGUACCGUACGCACGACUCUUGCUCAUCUCAAUGUGCACAAACCUGUGUAUUUCCCAAUCUUGUUCCCAUGGAUACCAUCGUGCCAUGCCAUGUCGUUUCCCACCAUGUCUUGCCCCACCAUGUCUUGCGAAUUGGUAAAAGAACCCACAGGCUGAUAGACAUGAGGAUAGUAAUGUCUUGGGGGCAGAUGCAAAGCCUUGUCUCCUUGUAACAGUGGAAAAGGUUGAGGGCCAAGGAGUACUUAUGCAAAGCGAGGGAGGCUGAUGAAUUUUGAAUACAACCUCAUAAGCUAUGCAUAAUUUUGAACAAGUGAAAAAAUAGAAACUCCUCUUUUUUACGCGGACUUUUUACUUAAAAAUAGUUUUUUUCAGCAGCUGUUUUCUGUCCUUUAAUGUUAUUUCAAAAAUAACAAUUUCCGUACAACGCAUAUAAUGUUAUCACUGGGUGACCUUCAAGUUCUAAAUGUCACGUUGCGUGCCUCUCUUUCAGAGAAUUAAGAAAAGUGCACUUGAUGUAGUUCAGUGUAUUUUCAUGAAUUAAAACAUAAAAUUGAUUUGUAUAUCUAAUUGGACAUUAUAACGUUUCCAAACCUUUGAAAACAAUGAAGCUUAACUGGCUUUAUAGAAAAGUAAUUUGUUGUAUAAUGAGGACACGACCUGUUUGUAUAAAUUUUGAAAAAAACCUCAUAAGUAAUGUAUAUUUUUGAACAAGUGAACAAAAUAGAAACUUCUCUGGUUUACGCUGGACUUUCUACUUAAAAAUAAGUUUAUUAGCAGCUGUUUUCCUUCUUUAAUGUUCUUUCAAAAAUAACAAUUUCCGUACAACGUAUAUAAUGUUAUCACUGGGUGACCUUCAAAUGUCACGUUGCGUGCCUCUCUUCCAGAGAAUUAAGAAAAGUGCACUUGAUGUAGUUUAGUGUAUUUUCAUGAAUUAAAACAUAAAAUUGAUUUGUGCAUAA